CACGUGUCGAGGGAGUGCUGCUGGCCGGAUCACGUGACGGGGGUGCCUCAGGCGUCCCAGCAGCGCAGAGGCGUGUUUAUUAGUUUUUCAGGGUCCGAGACACGGAAGUAGCCGACACCAUGUCGCUCGAGGACCCUUUCUUUGUCGUCAAGGGCGAGGUGCAGAAGGCGGUGAACACGGCCCGCGGGCUGUACCAGCGCUGGACCGAGCUGCUACAGGAGGAGGCGCUGGUCAGCAAGGAGGAGCUGGACUGGACCACCAAUGAGCUGCGGAACAGCCUGAGAUCCAUCGAGUGGGACCUGGAGGACCUGGAGGAGACCAUCGGCAUCGUGGAGUCGAACCCGCGCAAGUUCAAGAUCGAGGGUGACGAGGUGGCGGGGCGGAGAGCCUUCGUGGAGAGCACCAGAGACACAGUCAGGGAAAUGAAAGAUCACAUUUCAAGCCCCUCAGCCGUUGCGAAGACAGAAAGGAAAAGCCGUCAGGCUCUGCUGGGAGGGGGCCCCUCCCGUGGGGGGGUGCAGGCUGACCGCUACACUCUUCUGGAUCAGGACCUGGGAAACUCGCGGUACAUCGAGGACCAGCAGGCACAGCAACAGCUGAUCGUGGAGCAGCAGGAUGAGCAGCUGGAGCUGGUGUCCGGCAGCAUCCGUGUCCUGAAGAACAUGUCGGGACGCAUCGGAGACGAGCUCGAUGAGCAGGCAGUCAUGCUGGGAGAGUUCUCCGAGGAGAUGGAUCAGACGAGUUCUCGCAUGGACAGUGUUCUCAAGAAGAUGGAGAAAGUCUCCCACCUGACCAGCAGCCGACGGCAGUGGUGUGCCAUCGCUGUCCUGGCUGUGAUCCUGGUGGUGGUGCUCAUCCUACUCUUCACUCUGUGAUUGUUGAGUCUGGCCUGGAGAGGGGGGUGGGCCGGACCGAACCGAACCGACAGACCCCCCACAAGCGUGGGACUGACACAGGAACUAAGAAACCAACACCAAAGACACUUUAAAAGACGAAAGCUUUUCUGUUUGUUUUGUGUACGUGGCGUUUUGAAAGAGAAAGCUCGUGGCUCGCUGCGUUUCACUGACCGCAGAGUCACACCCUGUGGAUUCUGCUCCAACGCCCCCUGCAGGGGGGGUGGGGGCGGGCGAUUCCAUUUCCAAUUCAAUCCCAGCACGUCCCUGCUCACCACUGCAAUCCGCAGCGUUCUGUCACAGCGAGCUUCUCACAACAGCGCCAGCAAAUCACUUGCAUGGAAGUCGCUGUUAGUGAACUAACAUCGGCUUCCCGUGAAAGCAGCUGAAUUAUUAGGUCUCAAAUAUGAAUUGAAUGGAAAGGGAAGGGACUCGGAUGAGGUGUCCUAUUCAGGGAUCUACGAGACUCGAGUGUCGCUUAAGCGUUCAGCUGUGGACAGGGUGUGUUUUAGAAUUUGUGGAAACGCAAGCGAUACUGCAGACCCAGCCGUGGUGUAAUAAUGCUGUGGUUCCACCGAGGGGCUCUGGCGAUUCAACCAGGAGAGCGAGCUCGAAUCACAGCUGCACAGGUACGGCUCGGAGGGGCUCUCUCGAAUUCUUUUCGAAUCACCUGCGUAACAGCACAGCGACAGGGAAAAGUGUUUUGGUUAUUCUCUGUAAACGUCUGCAGUCUCGUGAGCUAAAGAUCUGAUCUCGCGAGGAGACGGUGAACGCCGCAGUGUCUAUAGAGAAGUUCAGGAGCGAGAGAGACGGUCCGUGAGCCAGAGAUCCACGUGCGGUGCGGAGGUCUCCUCCCUCAGAGAUCAUGCUUGGGAGUCAGCCUGCCCUACAUCAAAAAACUAACUAUAUAUUUACGAUUUUUGAGAUGUAAAAUAACCUGUUUUUUUUAUCUAAUAUAUAUGUAUGUAUGUAUGUACUGUAACUGCAUUCAGACCCCUGAACACUCAUUAAUAAACAAACACAUGCUUUUUACAAA